AGCCAGAAAGAGAGAGAGAGAGAGAGAGAGAGAGUUCGAAUCGUAUUGCAGUCAUGGAAGUGGAAGGCGGCGUCAAGGUAGGAGGAGGGGAGAAGGAGAAGGUCGGUGGCGCGGUGCAGCAGGUCAACGGGGGCCUGACCAACGAUGGCUUAUCGGCCAUCAUGCCCGGGUGGUUCUCCGAGAUCAACCCCAUGUGGCCAGGAGAGGCCCACUCAUUAAAAGUGGAGAAGGUCUUAUUUCAAGGAAAAUCAGACUUCCAAAAUGUUGUGGUGUUUCAGUCUUCCACUUAUGGGAAAGUUCUCGUCUUGGAUGGGGUCAUUCAAUUGACAGAGAGGGAUGAGUGUGCUUACCAAGAAAUGAUUACUCAUAUUCCACUUUGCUCUAUCCUGAACCCUAAAAAGGUUCUGGUUAUUGGAGGCGGUGAUGGUGGUGUUCUACGGGAAGUAUCACGUUAUUCUUCUGUGGAGCAAAUCGACAUAUGUGAAAUUGAUAAAAUGGUUAUAGAUGUUUCUAAGGAAUUCUUCCCCAACAUGGCUGUUGGAUAUGAAGAUCCUCGUGUGACUCUUCAUGUUGGUGAUGGAGUUGCAUUCCUAAAGAACGUUCCUGAAGGUACUUAUGAUGCGAUCAUUGUGGAUUCUUCUGAUCCAAUAGGUCCCGCUAAAGAACUUUUCGAGAAGCCUUUCUUCGAAUCAGUUGCCAAUGCUCUUCGUCCAGGAGGAGUUGUAUGCACUCAGGCAGAAAGCAUAUGGCUUCAUAUGCACAUAAUUGAAGACAUUGUUUCUAAUUGUCGCCAAGUUUUUAAGGGCUCUGUGAGUUAUGCUUGGACAACAGUACCUACAUAUCCAAGCGGAGUGAUUGGCUUCAUGCUUUGCUCCACCGAAGGGCCACCUGUUGAUUUCCAACAUCCUGUGUACAACAUGGAUGAGGCUGAGAAUUCCAACAAGUCCGUAGGACCUUUAAAGUUCUACAACUCUGAGAUUCAUUCUGCUGCAUUUUGCUUGCCGUCUUUCGCGCGGAGGGUUAUUGAUUCUUAGACGAGCUAAUGACACCAUUGCGAAGAUCAGACCAGACAGACCCUGAUGAGAAGAUGGAGACUUCUACUUCACUCAAGAAACUUCAUUUCUCUGCCCUCUCAGUUGGAUCAUUCAUGAUAGCUGUGUUCUUUCGGAUAUGGGGUUUCUCUUUUGGUCCGAGUGUCGGUCUUGGAAGCGACAUCGACUUGAUUAUCAAAUUGCUAUAAAAAUAUCUAGAUAUUUAUAUUUUACGAACGAUUUAUUGCAUCCAUGGAUAUUGUUUACUUAUAUUUUAUUUUAUCAAAUGGAUAUUUUUGACACAAUAACUAAUACAGCUUUGGAGUAUUAUCAAA